UUCCAUUACCAAUCCCGUUAUGCCACACAAACACAUGGUUGUGUUCAGUUUGACGAAACAGGAAAAGAAGUAACGUUUUCUCUUACGUUAAAUAAAUUAAAACAAACGUUUGUCUGUGCCUAUGGCAGUAGCUCUUUUAUCGUUAGACUAAUAGCCUUAAGAUAGAAAUAAAAAAUGAAAUCAAGCAAAUUAAAUAUGUCUAUUAUUUGGUCAUUAUUGAUUGCUAUCAUGACCCUUAUUGAUAAUAGCAAUGGGGUUGCUGUUAUGAGUAUUGAUAUUGGUAGUGAAUCAAUGAAAGUUGCUAUUGUUUCGCCUGGUGUUCCAAUGGAAAUAGCUCUUAACAAAGAAUCAAAGAGGAAAACGCCAGUUACAAUAGCAUUUCGUAACGGAGAAAGAAGUUUUGGAGAAGAUGCUCAAGUAGUAGGAAUUAAAUCACCUAAAAACAGUUUUUCUUACAUAUUAGAUCUCUUAGGAAAAUCAAUAGAUAAUCCUAUGGUGCAGCUUUAUCAAAAACGGUUUCCAUAUUAUGAUAUUAUUUCUGACGAAGAACGUAAAACAAUUGCAUUCAGACUUGAUCAAAAUACUACAUUUACUCCUGAGGAACUACUUGCACAAAUUUUGUAUAAAGGAAAAGAAUUUGCAGAAACUUCAGCUGGUCAGACGAUUAGUGAAGCAGUAAUAACUGUUCCAGGAUUUUUCAAUCAAAUUGAAAGAAGAGCUCUUGCCCAAGCAGCAGAUCUUGCGGGAAUCAAAGUUUUGCAACUAAUUAAUGAUUAUACUGCUGUUGCAUUAAAUUAUGGAAUUUUUCGUAGCAAAGAAAUAAACGAUACUGCACAUUAUGUGAUGUUUUAUGAUAUGGGGGCUAGCAGUACAACUGCAACAGUUGUAAGUUAUCAAAACGUGAAAACGAAGGAGAAAGGAUUUGUUGAAACUAAUCCACAUGUUUCUAUUCUGGGAGUGGGUUAUGAUCGUACUUUGGGAGGAUUAGAAGUGCAACUUAGACUACAACAUCAUUUAGCUAAGGAAUUUGAUGCGUUAAAUAAAACAUCAAAUUCAGUAUUUAAAAAUCCAAAAGCAAUGGCAAAACUUUUUAAAGAAGCUGGUCGUGUCAAGAAUGUAUUAAGUGCAAAUACAGAUCAUUUUGCUCAAGUUGAAGGGCUGAUAGAUGAACAUGAUUUUAGGGUGCAAGUUACCAGAGAAAAACUGGAACAACUUUGCACUGAUAUAUUUGAACGUGUAGAAAAUCCUAUUAAAAUUGCUUUAAAAACAUCAGGUUUGACAAUGGAUGUUAUAUCUCAAGUUGUAAUAGUAGGAGCUGGUACUAGAAUGCCAAAGAUACAGGAGUAUUUAAGACAGUAUUUAACAGUUGAACUAUCUAAAAAUAUUAAUACAGAUGAAGCAGCUACAUUAGGAGCAGUAUACAAAGCUGCAGAUCUUAGUAAAGGAUUCAAAGUGAAGAAAUUCGUUACCAGAGAUGCUGUGCUGUUUCCUAUACAAAUAAUUUUUGACAGAACUGUUGAUAACAGAGUAAAACAAGUCAAAAAGUCAUUAUUUGGCAGAAUGAAUCCAUACCCACAAAAGAAAAUUAUAACAUUUAAUAAAUAUACAGAAAAUUUCCAAUUCCAUAUUAAUUAUGCUGAAUUGGACUACUUGCCUCCUAACGAAACAGCUGCUAUUGGUAAUUUAAAUAUAUCUACUAUCACUUUAUCUGGUGUAGCUGAAGCUUUAGAAAAGCAUACUAAAGAAGGAGCAGAAAGUAAAGGGAUUAAAGCACAUUUUGCCAUGGAUGAUAGUGGCAUACUUAAUUUGUUGAAUGUAGAAUUAGUGUCAGAAAAAUCAAGUUCAGCUUCUGACGAAGAAGAGGGAUCAGAAGACAAAGAAGGAAAAGCAGAGGAGCCAUUAAAAGAAGACAUCAAACCAGUUCAUGAGGAACCAGAGUAUCCUGACUUACAAAAGGAAACGGAAGAUAAAACGAAGAAGAAAAAUGAAACUACCACCACUGAAGAUAAAGCAACAAACAAAACUGAAAAAGUAGAAAAAGAAAAGGAGAAAAAGGCUACGAUUGUAACGAUUAAAGAGCCUAUUAAAGCUGAAGAAAUCAAAUUAGGAUCUCAGAUUCUUUCUGGAGAUAAACUUGUUGAAUCUCGUGAUAAAUUGCAUCGUUUAGAUGUAUAUGAUUUCGAAAAAACGAGACGCGAAACAGCUUUGAACAAUUUAGAAACAUUCAUAAUUGAUGCUCAACAAAGAUUACAAUCUGAGGAAUAUGCCGUUGCAGCUACACCUCAAGAAAUAGAAAGUAUAUUAAAAGCGUGUUCUGAAAUUUCUGAAUGGUUGUACGAAGAUGGAUUCACUGCAACUGCUGAAGUAUACGAGGAAAAAUUGGCAGAACUUCAAAAAUUAACUAACGACGUGUACGAGCGUGUCUACGAACAUAGAGAACGUCCAGAAGUGUUAAAGGGCAUGACUUCUAUGUUAAACGCAAGCACAACGUUUUUAAACAACAUGAAAAAUUUGAGCUUGUCAAGUGACAUUUUUACACAAGUCGAGAUAGAAACAUUAGAAAAAGUGAUUAAUGAAACUCAGGAAUACCAUGAUACAGUUGUUAAAUCCUUUGCUGAGACGAGUUUACAUGAACUAGUAAAAUAUAAAGUUCGCGAUAUUGCAAAUAAAAUGGCGGUACUCGAUAGGGAAGUAAAAUAUCUUAUAAAUAAGGCAAAAAUAUGGAGACCAAAGCAAGAUACUGCGACAAAUCAUACAGCAAGCACAAAUGAAAACGCGACAGAUACGAAAGAACAAUCUCAAUCAGAAUCUGUUCCUAAAACAACGGCUGAUUCACAAACGGAAAAACAGUCAAAAGAGGAUCAAUCUGAUAAUAUAGAAGUACAAAAUGAAAAAUCAGAAGGUUCAGAAGAAUCAGAAGAGGCGUUAAAAGACAACAAAGCCCAGGCGAAAACUCAAGAAGAAGAGAUACAUCAAGAACUUUAAGAUACUUAAAAUGGGGUGACUUCAAUCAUUGGCCGGUUGUGUUUCGGUUAAUAUUUUAGCCAAUUUAUUAUGUUGUAGGACAGGAUUGAAAAUGCAUUUAAAAACCGAAAUCGAAUGAAAAAAAUUAUGUGUUAAUGUGGUUGCAUGAAUUAUUUCAUGGAUGUGAAUAUUGAAGUGUUACUGUAUUUAAUUACACGUACUCGUAUAAUAAUAGUAAAAAAAAAAUCAUUUAAUUCAUUUGAUACAGAACAAAGUGACAGAAUAUCUUACAGCAUUUUGCAUACAGAAAACAGGAAAACCGACCAUCCUGUAAGAAAGUUUAUUUUUAAGUGCCAAUUAAUAACAGUUUGAAUAUUGUAUUUAUAGUUAUACAAUAAUUAAAGACUUUAAACAGUCGUAUCGCGAUUAAACAACAGUGUGUUUAAUAGCUGAAUAAAUUAUUUGCAUAAAGUUGUUAUUUACAAGUGAUGUAACGUUCUACUUGGUCGGAUUUCAUCUACUGUGAAUAUAAUAUUUAAUUGUGAUAUUUCUUGAUACUAUAUUCUUAGAUAUACUCUAUACUAUAGCUUAAAAAUGAUUUUUUAUAUUUACAUCAAUUAUUAUAAUUACACACGCAAACAUACAAGCCAAUCCCUUUAUUAGGAGAAAUUUAAUGUUUUAUUUAUUAUUUUGAUGUCCUUAAUUCAUUAAUUUUUGUUAAACAACGCCUAAUUUCAAAAAAUUUUAUUCAUGCUACAUUAUAUCAACAAUAUAGGUAAUUUUAUAACACAAUAAUUGUCUAAUCUUGUUAUAGUGAAAAAUACAUGGUAUGUUGCGAUUUAACUUAAAACACUAAGUGGAAUUUUAUAUCCGCAAAUGUCAUUUGUAUAAAUAGGAUUAUAACUUGUGUGCAAA